GGGCGCGCUCUUUUUCGGACGGCAUUUUGAAAAGCCGACGGGCUUGGGGUCCAGCUCUCAGUUUAGAGCAGAUCGAGCGAGAAACCGGUGCGUGGGCGUAGCAGAGUCACCAGAGAAUGGCGUUCGGGGGCUCGGAUGACUUCAGGGACGAUAUGCAGGCUUCGGCGCUGGCCUACAACUUGGGAAAGGUGUCUUUAGGCGGCGCAGUUGGGCCCGCGGGGAAAGGGAGAGACGGCCCGGCAAUCAAGUACGAACUGAGGGACCUGGAGAUACAGCAGACGAUAGGCACGGGAACAUUUGGGAGAGUGGUGCUAACGAAACAUCUUCCGACUGGUAAUUUCUUUGCCCUGAAGAUCAUGACGAUAAGCGAAGUCAUAAAACUGAAACAAGUCGAGCACGUGAACAACGAGAAGGAGAUCCUCAUGUCGAUAUCUCACCCCUUCAUCGUCAGUGUGGUGUGGACCCAUCACGACAACAGAUUCUUGUACAUGCUACAAGAAUACGUCAUUGGUGGAGAGCUAUUCACCUACCUCAGAACGGCACAUCGAUUCGACAACCCCAUUGCCGUGUUCUUUGCCUGCGAGAUAGUCAUGGUACUUGACUACCUACACAGUCAAGACAUUGUCUACAGAGAUUUGAAGCCGGAGAACAUUCUUGUGGACAUCACGGGACAUAUCAAGAUCACAGAUUUUGGCUUUGCCAAGAGAUUGAUAGGCCGGAGGACCUAUACACUCUGUGGAACGCCAGAGUAUCUGGCUCCGGAGAUAAUCCAGGGCCGAGGUCACGGGAAGGAAGUCGACUGGUGGGCUCUCGGAAUUCUCAUCUACGAGAUGCUAGUCGGCUAUCCUCCAUUCUUUGACGAGCACCCUUUCCGUAUCUACGAGAAGAUUCUAGAAGGGAAGAUAGAGUGGCCUAAAUCGGGUGUCCUGGAUGCCAAUGCCAAAGACCUAAUCAAGAAACUACUUUCCAGAGAUGUGACGAGUCGACUAGGAAGCCUCAAGCAAGGGGUUGCGGACGUGAAGCAACACAGAUGGUUUAGAGGAGUCGACUGGGAUGCUGUACUGCAGAGAAAGCUAGUGGUGAGUCAUAUCUCACACUCAAAAUAUUGCACACGGAAGUCAACUCUUGAUAAUACCUUUACCAUUGUCUAUAUGCCUCGAACUAAUCAGCACCCAAUUGCUCAGGGGCUCACACACACGCAACACACUCUCUCUCUCCUCCAGCCUGGUAUAAUUCCAAAGGCGACCCACUCAGGGGACACUAGGAACUUUGAGCAUUAUCCCGAGGACGGAUGGUUCAACGUACCGCCACUCAAAGACAGAGACGUCUUACCUUUCAAGGAUUUUUAGCUCCUCUCUGCAGUUAACUUGGCCAAACCAUCACUCUGUUUUAUAGAACAACCUCAGUUCUCCCUCAUGAACUACCACUCUAGCUCAGAUCUCUAUUUUCAUUCUAUUUUCCCGUUCUCUGUGCUAUUAUUUCCUAUAUUAUUUCCUAUGCCCUCAAUCCCCAAAUUUGAUCAUCACAGUAGGAUAUUUUGUUGUAAGUUAUUAUUUUCCACCCAAAUUACAAGAUUUUUUAAGCAAGAUUUUUCCGGAGGUGUUUGCACUACACAUACAUACAGUAAGACUUUAGCCUGACGUAUGCAUGAACAAAAGUGUCAGAAGGUGUGCAAUAGGGGCUAGUUUUGAGUCUGCUGUAGUGCUGACAGGAAAGCGGUGUAGUCCACAGCAGAUAUGGUCUGAGAUUGUCCUGACGUCCAGGAGCCUGACUGACCAGCUGAAACCUGGGAUGAGCAGAACACGGAAACUUACUAUAGCUACUGGUUAUGUACAUUAUUCUUUAAAACACUUUAGUUUCUACAGUGCCACCCCAGUACUAAUGUACUGUCACCACAUUGUGUCACCAUGCUGCAUGUAUGUCUGAUGCAAGAAAAUUGGUAUGUACGUGUCAAGAUAUUAGAGUAUAGAGAGAGAGAGAGGGGGGGGAUAAUAAAGGUUUAGGUUGAGGGUG